AUGGAAAAGCAGGAUGAAGCAUACGAUCCACCGCCCCCCUACACCCCAAAUGGCCAGCCACCAGGCCCACCUCCUCCCUAUCCGCAGCCUCUUGUCCAGGGAGGGUUCAACGAACCCAGCACCUAUGCUCAGCAUGUCGCUUAUUCAAGCCAACUACAUUCCGUGCCAAUGGCGAGCCCCACUGGAUACUACCCAGUACCACAAGGUGUAUCUCCACCACCAGGUACCAUCCUAGCCCAACCAACCCUCAUCACAAUAAUGCCCUUGGCUUUGGCGAACCCACCUCCAGACUACCUACUUUAUUCAAUUAUGGUUACCAUCAUGUGCUGCUGGCCAGUUGGAAUAGUCGCCAUCCUGAAGUCAAUCAAGUGUCGCAAUGCUAUAAAUCGUGGAAAUGGAGAAGAAGCUCGAAUUUUUUCAGGUCAAGCUAAGAGGUUUGCACAUAUUGCACUUGGAGUUGGCAUUCUCUUCAUGAUCCUUUGUAGUAUUUAUUAUGCAGUACAGUUUGUUUCCCGUGGCUACAGGUAG